UUAAGAAGAGUUGGCAGCAGCAGUGUCUAGCCAGCAGAAUCAACCCAUAGAGAUGGCUUCACCACAACAAAGCUGCGCCACUUCCACCCAAUCACUGCCACUUCAAGACCGAGUUGCAAUCGUCACUGGCUCGUCCCGCGGAAUCGGUCGAGAAGUCGCUCUCCAUCUGAGUUCACUCGGCGCCCGACUCGUCAUCAAUUAUUCCUCUUCCAACUCGCUCCGCGCCGACUCACUCGCCGCCGAUAUUAACGCCGCCUCCUCCGCCACCCUCCCACGCGCCAUCGCAUUACGCGCCGACAUCUCCGACCCUGUCCAGGUCCAAUCCCUCUUCGACUCGGCCGAGCGAGCCUUCGACUCACCGGUUCACAUCCUGGUCAACUCAGCCGGAACCCUCGACAGCACUUAUCCCACCAUCGCCAACACCUCCGUCGACAGUUUCGACCGCGUCUUCGCCGUGAACGCGCGCGGCGCGUUCCUCUGUGCGCGUGAGGCUGCGAACCGCGUUAAGCGCGGCGGCGGAGGGAGAAUCAUUCUGUUCUCGUCGUCGCAGGUGGCGGCACUCAAGCCGGGCUUCGGCGCGUACACGGCGGCGAAGGCGGCGGUGGAGGCGAUGACGAAGAUUCUGGCGAAGGAGCUAAAGGGGACAGGAAUUACGGCAAAUUGCGUGGCACCGGGGCCAAUCGCGACGGAACUGUUCUUCGGCGGGAGGACGGAGGAGCAGGUGAAGAAGAUCGUCGACGAGUCACCGUUGGGGCGACUUGGCGAGACGAAGGAUGUUGCUCCUCUGGUAGGGUUUUUGGCUUCUGAUGCUGGUGAAUGGGUCAAUGGUCAAAUUAUUCGUGUUAAUGGUGGUUAUGUUUAGCGUUCUAAUUGCAAAUUAUGUGCAUUCUUGACGUUGAUCAAUUGCAAUUGCAUUGCAUUUAUAAAUGAUUUUGUGAAUUGUCAUAAAUUGCUGUUAAAUUCAGUUGUUGUAACUUGUGAUUGUGAUAUCCCACUACUAGUAUCCUGAUUUCUGAAUCUGAGAAAUAUCAUGUUACAAGUUUACAUAUUGUUUUGUAAAAUUGUAAUUAGGACUUUAUAGGAAGCCUAGCUUAUUUGGCAGAGUAUUUCUGUUGUGAAUACAGUGUAUAUAAACCCAAAAUAGCUUCAACUUUGCAUGCUAAGUAGUCAGUUUCUGAUUGGUCUCUUUUGGUUAAUAAAGAAAUUGUUGGUACUCUUAU